AUGUGGUGUGGUUCAAAUGUUUGGUGGGAUGAUGGCUGGAUGGCUGACAGCUCAGGUCCUGUCCAGUCAAAUCGGAUCCAGCCAGCAAAGUACUCCCGUACCAGACAGAGGUCAGGUCAAAUCAAGUCUGGUCAAGUCUGGUCUGGUCGAAUCUUGUCUGGUCAAUCCGUCUGGUGGUCAAUUUGGUGUGGUCCUGUCUGGUCUGUCUGGUCCAGUCAAGUCGAGUCCUGCGAGUCGCCUGCCCUCCAGUUCACUGCACAGUACCAACACCACUCGACCAGACGGCUAAGCUGGAAACGAAGACGUCACUGCGUGUGCGGUGACAGCCGGCUGGGCGGCAGCUGCACAAAAUGA